CACACACACACACACACACACACAUUAACCAAUCCGACUCAUUUAUCACAGCAAGUGAGACUGUGCAGUAUAGAGAGACAAAGCUGCAGCCUGACCACUACAACCAGCCCACCACCAUGAGGUUCCCUAAGCUGCCUAACCCAGGUCUGGAUGAAAGGAUCCCGUCCCACCAGGAGCUGGAGAGGAUGGAGAAGGAGGAGGCCGGGGACAGGCCCAAGUGGGACAACAAAGCCCAGUACAUCCUCACAUGUGUUGGCUUUUGCAUCGGACUAGGCAAUGUGUGGAGGUUCCCUUACCUGUGUCAGAGCCAUGGCGGAGGAGCUUUCAUGAUCCCCUUUCUGAUUCUGUUGGUACUGGAGGGCACCCCUCUCCUCUUCCUGGAAUUUGCUAUUGGGCAGCGGCUCAGAAGUGGCAGCGUUGGGGUGUGGAGGUCUAUCAACCCUUACCUCACUGGUGUAGGUAUUGCCUCCAUGUUGGUGUCCUUCCUGGUUGGUCUCUACUACAACACCAUCAUGGCCUGGAUCAUGUGGUACCUCUUCAACUCCUUUCAGGACCCCCUCCCCUGGAGCUACUGCCCAGUCAAUCACAACAGGACAAGUGUAAUGUCAGAAUGUGCUCAGAGUUCCCCCGUGGAUUACUUCUGGUACAGGGAAACACUGAACUCGUCGGGGGCCAUAGACGACUCGGGAGGUCUGCAGUGGUGGCUGGUCCUGUGCUCUGUGUGCGCUUGGACCACGCUGUGUGCUUGCUGUGUCCGGGGCAUUGAGUCCACAGGCAAAGCUGUGUACAUAACAUCUACAUUGCCCUACUUGGUCCUCACCAUCUUCCUGAUCAGAGGAUUGACUCUCAAAGGUUCUGUGGAUGGAAUCAUAUUCCUCUUCACUCCUGAUGUGAAUGAGUUGAUGAAACCCAGUGCUUGGCUGGACGCGGGAGCCCAGGUGUUUUACUCCUUUGGCCUGGGCUGGGGCGGGCUUAUCUCCUUCUCCAGUUACAACCCUGUACAUAACAACUGUGAGAAGGAUGCUGUGAUUCUUUCUGUGAUCACUGGUUGUACAUCUGUUUAUGCCGCCACUGUGAUCUACUCCAUCCUGGGCUUCAGGGCCACAGAGAUGUUUGAUCACUGCAUCAACGAAAACAUCUUGGCGCUUCUCAAUGAGUUUGCACUUCCUGAUGGCUCUAUAACAGAGAUCAACUAUCAGGAUGUUCUCCAAAAGCUCAACAGCACAUCUCCAGACAUUAUCCAGAAGUUGGAUCUCCAGACAUGCGACCUUCAGAAAUAUCUCAGUGAGGGUGUGGAAGGAACUGGUCUGGCCUUCAUCGUGUUCACAGAGGCCAUCACCAAGAUGCCGAUCUCUCCUCUCUGGUCCAUCCUCUUCUUCAUCAUGCUCUUCUGUCUGGGGCUGUCCACCAUGUUUGGGAUCAUCGAGGGGGUGGUUGUCCCCCUUCAGGAUCUCAACAUACUGCCCAAACACUGGCCAAAAGAGGUGUUCACUGGUCUGACGUGCUUGGUUUCCUUCAUCAUUGCCCUGCUGUUCUCCCAGCAGUCCGGUAACUACUGGCUGGCCUUGUUUGAUAACUUUGCCGGCUCCAUCCCUCUCCUCACCAUUGGCUUUUUUGAGAUGAUAGCUGUGGUCUAUAUCUACGGCAUAGACAGGUUUAGUGAGGACAUAGAGUUCAUGAUUGGUUGCAGGCCCAACAUCUUCUGGCACAUCACCUGGAGGUUCAUCAGUCCUCUAAUCAUCAUGGCAAUCUUCAUCUUCUAUCUGGUCACCAAGGUUACAGAGGAAUUGACCUAUCUAUCCUGGGAUCCUACCUAUAAAGAUUUUCCCAAACUGGAGAGCAAGACAUUUCCUGGAUGGAUCUACCUGAUCAUCUUCAUCCUGGCAGGGAUUCCUAGUCUUACAGUCCCCCUCUAUGCUAUGUUCAAGUGGAUUUAUGACAGCUUCUGGAAGAAAAAAAGAUCCACUCAGAUUUAAUUCUUCAAUCACUUCUAAGAGUUGGUCCAAAGAGCUAAAUUGAUGGGGAGAGACAAGAAUCGCUCAAGUGGACAUCCUUGCUGAAAGAUGGUGUUGGAAUAAACAUAAACCACAUUUUAUCUUUGUAGCGACAGUCUCAUCUUUUAUAACUCAUGUUUGAUAUUGAGUUUUCCAUAAUUCUUCAAGUUGAAAGUCAAUGAAAAAUAAGCUAUAAUGUCCAAAAUGUGAAAUACCGCAUUCAUAAAAUACAUUGACACUGAACAUAUUUACCUCUCUUUUUAACCAAUUCCAGAAGACAGACAGAUGUAUCUUUGGCCUGAUAAAAACUUUUUGUUGAAGUAGUUGCCUGAAUGUGACUGGAAGCAGAAUGAAGCGAUCGUCAGUCAUUUAUUCAUGCUCGUUUUGGGACCAAUGUUGUAAUGAAGUGGAUUUAUUAAUGUUGUUGUGUGUCCUCAAGUUGGUGUUGAGUUUACGUUUAUAUUUUUCAGUAAACUAACUAAGCCAAUAAAAAUGUAUGUAAAGCUCA